UACAAGUUUUCGUAAUCAUCUUUCAAGUGAGCUUAAAUACGACUAUCAAUUAAUUAACCACAUUUGUGUAUUUGCAGGGAUGGGUGUUCGAAUAUUGCUGGAUAUCAUCCGUAUCGUUCAGCCUAGUCACAUCGUAGAAAUCAAUUCAGACUCUCAGCCGAUGAAAAAUCUUCCAGUACUGACUGAAGACUUUUUAUUGUCAGAAGAAGGUUGGACUUACGAGUUUGACGCCAGAAGGUGGGUAUUGUGAUACAAUGAUAACCUAUAUAUUAGAUGUAAAAAUUUCAGUGUAUCGUUCUGUAGGUUUUGAAACCGGUUAAGGAACGUAUGGGGAUUUGGCUUAAAGUAUACAUGACCUGCUUCAUUUUUCUUUUAACAACUGUGUAUUCCUCCUAUGCACCAAUCCAGGUGGUAACUUAAAGUUUCAGGAAAUUCUUCCUGUCUUAUCGCCUUCCAAAACCUGCGGCUAUUUCUGUGGAGACAAAUUGCAAUGUUUUGCGGUAAUGCGAUGACACAAAUCAAGUAUCAAAAUAGGCCACUGGUAUUUUUUAAUAUGAGUUGCUUUUUCUACAGUAUAAAUACUAAUGUGCUUGCAGAGUUUGUUGGACCUACAUAGUGUGCGUAUCAGGUGUUUGAUCGGAAAAACGUUUCUGAAGGUGUUUGAUGUCAGCGUAUUCCUCAUUUUCGUCUCUGAAACAGAAUCUUAAGAAAUUUUAGAAUUAUGAAAACUAUAAAGCCAGUACUUAAUUCACGUUGGAAUUGUCAUCUUGUUUUUCUCUAGUUCCUCUUGGGUGUGCCCUGAUAUUCGUCAAAUUGAUGCCUUUAAAAACACUGUGGAGAUGACAAAAGGGUAAGCGUUAUAACAUCUGCACUAUUACAUAAGAUAAUUCUAGGACUGCUGCCUUAUUUUUAUCUAAUCUAUUGUUGGUGUAUAUAACACAUUAUAUCUCCAGUAACCAGUCCUUUGAUCAUGCUUUCCUCUCUCUAAGUAGCCUUUCAUUUAGCUAGCUCAGUCUAUGGUUUGCUUAUGCUUUCCUGUACUUCAUGCACUGAUGUAUAUUUAUUUAAUAAUUUCCUCAAAAUGCCAUGCCGUUAGGCGCAUGUGCAUGCUAUCUAGCACACCGAUUUUUUAGCUUCUUUGGUUGGUCUGUUAUUUUAGAGGAACCUAGUAACCGAUUACCUGCGCCUGUUUUUCCAGCUGAUCGACUAAUGGCUUCUAAAAACUCUGGAUAUAUUUCAUAAGUGCACACGUUUUCUUUUCAGAUUUGGUUUGCAGGCCAGUGAACUUCGAUCUUUGUCUCUUUUGUCAUAUUUCGGAUCUCACCAAAGUAUUUCAAGUGUCAAAUCCGUUCAGGAAUAUAUUUUACAGCAUUCUACUGUACAUUCAAUACCUUUGGCUUGCCUCGAAUUUUACAGUGCCUGUGAUGAUGUAAGUAAAUUUGAAAUUUGUCUUGAGAUGGACUUGGACAAUACUAUUAAUUAGUAUAGUUUAUAUCGGCACUGGUGGAAUGUGCUCGGUUAUUAUAUUAUAAGUGGCAUUUAGAAUUUGUAUGCCCUACUUGGCUAUUAAUUGUAGUCACUCAUUAAGGGCAAGUGACUCUUAAUGGCAAGUGACUCUUGAUUAAUAUCAGUCACGGAGGAAUUUAUAUAAUUUGCCUUGCAAAUGCAUUUUGCUCAUAAAUUAUUGGGUUUUAUUUUUGAUAUUAUUUUGCUCGUAAAUGAAAUGAUGCACAGUUCACAAAUUUAAGUGCGUUUUGUUUAAAAGGAACUUCCAAACACCUCAAAUGCGCAUGACAUGUAUCAAUAUUCUAGAAGUAAAUUAUUGGCAUUUGAAACUGUUUGCAUAGCCUAAAAAUAUGAAUAGAGAAUUCUGCCAACUAACUUAAGGUUACAGGACACCCUUUUGCCGUUUUGCGGGAAAACCCGCAGGAGAACAACUCGUUUGAAAAUAAGUAAUUGCCACAAAUUUUUUUGGGAGAAAAUUGAAUUUGAAUAUUACAUUUUCAAUGUUUUUCUUAUUGCAGCGAAAUGUAUUUUAUUAAAUAAACUCAACUCAACAUUUUUCGUUCAAAUUUGGUCAGAUAGUAGAACUAGUUCAAUGCUUUCAUUGAAACCAAUAAAACAUUUUAGGCAAAAUUAACACUCAAAGGUGUUCUGUAACCUUAAAGUGCAUAUAUCACUUGUGGGACCUUUAUGGAUUUGAAAAGAGCGUAAAAAACCAGUCAAUAAGUUCAAAAGCAUUUUUUUGAUUUGGUGCAAUAGUUUUGAGGAUCUAGGCCUUUAAACAACCGACUGUUCCUGAGUCCCAGCCUCCUGGGCUCUAAUCACGGCUAUUGAAUUCGGCCUUUUUCCAAACAGUCCAUUGUGCAUAGGAGCCUGUGACUCAGGAACUGUAGGUAGUUUAGAGUCCUAUACCUUCGAAAUUAUUGCACUAAAUUAAAAAGAGCAAGUGAUAUAGGCACUUUAAUUCUUUAGAAUAAUGUAAAUUUGUAUAUUCUGUACAUGUAUUUAUAUGCACACUAAUUCAUUUAUUUUACGAACAGGUUUGCCCUGAAGAUAUUACCCAUUCUAUCAUUGGCAGUGUGGUCGGUCUUGUCAGGAGCAAUAAAAAGAUGGUGGGUAACGUGACUGUCUUCUAUACAACUUUCAGAGAUCAAGGGCGGAUUUUCAUUUGUUUAUAAGGAGGGGUGGAAAAAUUUGUAGUGGGUGCAAGCGGCACCACUGAGCCAACUUUUUCAGGGUUAUGUGUUAGUGUUAAAGACUUUCACACAAAAUAGGAAUGCUGAAGCGAAAUUGUAGUGGGGUUGAACACUUUAUAAGAAGGAUUACAGAUAUUAUAUGGGGGAGGGGUUAAUAUAUAAAAAAAAACGCAACCUCGGAAUUUCCCAAGAAAUCGUCAUUGUUUUAAAGACAAAACAAAAGAUUUUAGGCGCCUGGGAAUUUAAAAUAGCACGACUGUCAAAAUUACACACGCGAGUGCAUAAAGCAAAAUUUAUCCAUUUAUUUAAUGCACAACAACAACAAUAUGAUAUAUUAGCAAUUCGAUUUCAAUUCCCAGGGGCCUAAAAUCUUUUAUGCUUAAGAAUUGCAAAGUGAUUUCUUAGGAAAUUCCGAGAUUGCGUUUUUUAUACAGCCUGUAUGGCAGUAUUUCAUUGUCUGACUUAACCCAUUGAUGCGCAAUGCGCCCUACGUAUUUUUUACUUGUCUAACGCCAGACGAUUUUACUUGUCAAUGGGGAAGCUCUGCAGCUUAAUGGGGUAAAGCAACGAAAAGGCUGUGAGGGUUUACAUGCAAUAUUGUCAUGUCAGAGCGUGAUCGUGGGAUAAAGCUUGUGGGCUUUUGUGGCUCUUACCCAUCGCAGAUAUAUUAACAGGUGUAUAAAAGGGUGCUCAGUUCUAAGGAAAUGUGCACCUUUCAUGCCCAAUGAGCCAGCAUUGAAGAUUUAUAGGUACCCUUCCAAAAAGAAAAAAAUAAUUCCAGGAAACGUGAUGCCGGGCAUCUCGCUUAUUUUACUGACACAUAAUGAACAACAUUUUUUGACAGACUGGUUGUUUGACUGAUGUAAUCGACAACCAUGCACUUUCAAUUGAUAAAAUUGAAUUUGGAGAUUAUGUUGGAUUAGGUAAGUAAGAAAGUUGUAAUUACUAAAAUAUUAGUCUGUCUGUGCAGCACUGAUAUAUGUAUCCAUUUAUAUCUAGGCAUCGUGCGAAAUAUAGACACAGUCAAACAGCUGUUAUAUAUUAUCACACCUGAACCAUUGGAGGUUUUAAAAACAGUCAAAGUUUUGGUCAAGGGAAGACUUGAGAUUCUGGACUGUCUAUAUAAG